AUGCGGAAGCCCAACCCGCUGCAGGACGCGAACUUCUGCUCGCGCCUGUUCUUCUGGUGGCUAAACCCCUUGUUUAAAAUUGGUCACAAACGAAGAUUAGAAGAAGAUGACAUGUACUCCGUGCUUCUGGAAGAUCGCUCCCAGCACCUUGGAGAAGAGCUGCAAGGGUACUGGGAUCAAGAAGUUUUGAGAGCUGAGAAAGGUGUGCGGGAGCCUUCUUUAACGAAAGCAAUCAUAAACUGUCACUGGAAAUCCUGUUUAGUUUUGGGAAUUUUUAUACUUCUUGAGGAAGGCACCAGAGUAGUUCAGCCCAUAUUUUUGGGGAAAAUGAUUAAUUAUGUUGAAAACUCCAAUCGCACAGAUUCUGCCACCUUGCAUGAAGCCUAUGGCUACGCGGCAGGGCUGAGCACCAGUGUGCUCGUGUGGGCUGUUCUGCACCACUUGUACUUCUAUCACAUUCAGCGUGUGGGGAUGAGGCUGAGAGUAGCCGUGUGCCAUAUGAUCUACCGCAAGGUAAGUGUCACUCGGUUCAACAGUGUGUACCUCCCCUGA